CUUUAGUUUUUGGGGUGAGCAUCACAUUAUCGACGGCGCUCAUUGUGAGGAAGAAGCUCUUGGCUGCUUGUGUGUGACAGCUGGUCUUUGUAAACUUGUCUACCACCAUCUCUUCUUUACUCUCAUCUUCGUGUGCAGAUAUUUGGCGGGCUUUUCACGCUCAAGUUGCGUAGUAUUUUAGGCCUGUUCGACAAAGUUCCCACUGUACUCCGACGGCCCGUGUUAGUGACUGACUGGAGCGGAGCGUAAUUUGAUGACGCUCCCUCUAAACCCCCGAGUUUUAUUCGAAGCAGCGGGGAACGCGCUUGCGCCUCAGCGCUCACCGUCUCUGGCUGCAUCCCCCUCUUCUUCACUCCGCUCUGCCUCUCUGUCCAGUCACUCCAGCACCAAGCAACAGGGAGUGUGUGUGUGCUUGUGCUUCAAGCUAUAAAGAACUUCAUCUCCAUCGCGCCGGACACACAUCCGCCUCUUCAUCUGCCAUUCGCUGCCCUUUCGCUAACAACCGGCCACAGUAACCAUCAGCCAUGGAGAGGAAGCGGCCCGGCAUGCCUCCAGGACCACGAAUGCCUCAUCAGGGGGCCCCAAUGGGGCCUCCAGGACCACCAUAUGGAGGAAGCCCUGCUGUCCGACCCGGACUUAACAAUCAGGCCAUGGAAGCCAGUCGCAAGCGGCCCGCUCCUUCACAGCAGCAGAUGCAACAGCAGCAGGCCGUACAGAAUCGAAACAGGAAGAAGCCUGUUGGAUUUCCUGGACCAAAUAAGAUGCCAGGGAGACAGAUGGACAUGAGAGAGGCCCAAUCAGAUCCCACACUCGGAUCAAAUGCCAAGAGGAGGAAGAUGGCUGAUAAGAUCCUUCCACAAAGGAUUCGUGAGCUUGUUCCGGAGUCACAGGCGUAUAUGGAUCUGUUGGCAUUCGAGCGUAAAUUAGACCAGACCAUAAUGCGCAAACGGGUGGACAUCCAAGAGGCACUUAAGAGACCCAUGAAGCAAAAGCGAAAACUGCGUCUCUACAUCUCCAACACAUUUAACCCUGCCAAGCCUGAUGCAGAGGACUCUGAAGGUAGCAUUGCAUCCUGGGAGCUACGUGUGGAGGGCAAACUGCUGGAUGAUCCGGGAAAGCUGAAGAGGAAGUUCUCCUCAUUCUUCAAGAGUCUGGUGAUUGAGCUUGACAAAGACCUUUACGGCCCUGAUAACCAUUUGGUUGAGUGGCAUCGUACCCCAACCACUCAGGAGACAGACGGUUUCCAGGUGAAGAGGCCUGGAGAUGUGAGCGUGCGCUGCACCCUGCUGCUAAUGCUGGAUUACCAGCCACCUCAGUUUAAACUGGAUCCGCGUCUGGCUCGGCUGCUGGGAAUACACACACAGACUCGCUCCAGUAUCAUACAGGCCCUCUGGCAGUAUGUCAAAACCAACAAACUGCAGGAUUCUCAUGACAAGGAGUACAUCAACUGUGACAAGUACUUCCAACAGAUCUUUGACGGUCCACGUCUGAAGUUCUCUGAAAUUCCACAGCGCCUCACCAACCUUUUACUUCCCCCCGACCCUAUUGUCAUCAAUCACAUCAUUAGCGUCGACCCUAAUGAUCAGAAAAAGACGGCGUGCUAUGACAUUGAUGUAGAGGUGGAAGAUCCUCUUAAAGCACAAAUGAGCAGCUUCUUGCUCUCCACAGCCAAUCAGCAAGAGAUUGCCUCUUUGGACAACAAGAUCCAUGAGACUAUUGAGUCCAUCAAUCAGCUGAAGAUCCAGAGAGAUUUCAUGCUCAGCUUCUCCAGAGAUCCCAAAAGCUACAUCCAGGACUGGCUCAAAUCCCAGAGCAGAGAUCUGAAGCUGAUGACAGAUGUUGUUGGGAACCCAGAGGAAGAGAGGAGAGCAGAGUUUUAUCAUCAGCCUUGGUCUCAGGAGGCUGUUAGCCGUUACUUCUACUGCAAGAUUCAGCAGAGGAGGCAGGAGCUAGAGCAGGCCUUGGCCUUGAAGAACACCUAGAACUCAAACCGACCACAUUCAGAAAACAUGGCUCAUUUGUGACAACACAGCCAACACAUGGAGGUCCCUGCAUCAUUUUCUGCAAUGCAUGAGGGUUUGUGUGCGUGUCCAGUCAUUGUUGUCACUGUGACCUACAAUCCACCAUAAUGGACCAAUCACACCAUGUUACUCCAACAGCCCCAUUGUAUAGUAUGUGUCUUCCAUUCCUGGAUGAAAUCAUCUCACAAUGCACUAUUUGGAUUUCUGGUUUUUAAUACCAAUCACAUCCACCAGCAUUUUGAACUUGAUGACUUCAGAGCUGGCUCAGUCCCCUAGACUGUGGAUCCAACAUUGAUUCAGUUGUGAUUCAGCUUUCCUUACUGUCAGUCAUCAAUUCCUGGUAUUCACACACACUUUCCCUGUGAUUAGCGUGUGUUUUGACUCCGGUAUUGAUGAUGUCUCUAAUUUAGUCCACAUUUGUACCAGUUUAUUUCUUGGGUAUUGAUCAAAAAGGUAAUUUUGAAUGCCUAUCAGUGGAGAUACAAUAAUUAUCUCCAUUAUUAACACUUUUAUUUAGAAGUGUAUUAAUGAAGUACUUUGAGGCAGGCAGCUUAAAGAGGAGAAUCAUUCAGUAUUAACUGAACUGGUGGCUUACAGGGUAUGUCGCUCUCUGCUGUCUGUCCCUGCCACAACAAUGACAUUUAGCUGCAAUAGUGUAUAUAAACAUUGAAAGAUAGAAGGAGGUUGUUUUAAUCAAGUAUUUAAAAGCUAUUCUGCCAUAUAAAGUCAAAACAGUAACUACACUCGAGAGAGAAUGUGACUUUAGAGUUUUUGAUUUUUUUAACGUUUUGAUACAUUUUCACACUUUUUUUGAUUGAAUUAUGUGUAGUUGCUGUGAUUUGCCUUUGUAGGACACUACUGACAUAGUCAUUAGUUCACUUUGAAGGAAUUUGAUAGGUCACGGUUUUUGAGAAGCUUUCACAUUUGUGACCCUGGAGCACAAAACCAGUCUUAAGUAGCACAGGUAAAUUUAUAGCA